AAAAAAAAAAUGGCUGCUCUUCGUAUUGAUCUCGAUCGACCUAGGUGGGACCAAAGUACUUUCACGGGUCGUUUGAAGCAUUUUUUUAAUAUAACCGAUCCGAGAACUGUAUUCGCAACAGAAGAACAAUUAGAUAAUGCUAAGAAAUUAUUGGAAGAAUAUAAACUUGGUAAGGAACCUCCUGGUACUACCGAACAACAACUUUGGUAUGCGAAAAAAUUAUACGAUUCAUCAUUCCAUCCCGAUAGCGGAGACAAACAGAAUAUUAUUGGACGUAUGUCGUUUCAAGUUCCCGGUGGUAUGUUUCUUACGGGUGGUAUGUUACAGUUUUAUAAAACUACAUCGGCAGUGAUAUUUUGGCAAUGGCUGAAUCAAUCGUUUAAUGCUGUGGUGAAUUAUACUAAUCGAAAUGCGAAAUCGCCUCUUACUCCAACACAAAUUGGUGUAGCUUAUGUGUCUGCUACGACAUGUGCUUUAGUUACUUCUAUUGGCUUGAAAAGUUUUCUUCAGAAACGAGCUAGCAAUUUGCUCCAGAGAUAUGUUCCAUUUGCUGCAUUAGCAGCGGCUAAUUGUGUUAACAUUCCAUUAGUAAGACAAACUGAAUGGAAAAAUGGUAUUGCAGUUUUUGAUGAUAAUGGUAAUAAGGUUACAGAAUCAAAAUUAGCAGCUGUUAAAGGUAUAACACAAGUCGUAAUAUCACGUAUUUUUAUGGCUACGCCUGGAAUGAUGUUAUGUCCUAUCAUUAUGGAAAAAUUAGAAAAAUAUCCGCUGGUCAAAAAGUUUUCUGCCCUACAUGCUCCUUUUCAAAUGUGUUUAGUUGGAGUUAUAUUAAUUUUCAUGGUACCUGCUGCAUGUGCUUUGUUUCCUCAACAAUGCUCUCUUCAUGUUAAUAGUUUAAAACGAUGGGAACCAGAAAAAUAUAAAAUUCUAUUAAAUAAUAUCGGAGAAAAUUAUAAAUUAGAUUAUGUUUAUUUUAAUAAGGGAUUAUAAUUUUACUUAUUAUAGGAACAAGUAUCAAUUUUUAUUCAUUGCAUUCCUCUUAACUGAUGUAUAAAAUACAUGUGUUAAGUAUAUUCUAGUCUAUUACAGAAUAUGGAAAUUGUAUUUAUUAAUUUCUAUAUGUGAAUAGCAUUCCCAAAUCUUUAUAUAGGGAUAAUAAGAAAAUAAAAGUCAUAUAAGAUUAUUUUAUAUUUAUAAGAAUCUUUUUAAAUUAGCCUUAUUUGUUUUAUUCUGAAGUUCUGAGUUAAGUGUGAAAGAAGUUUUCAAACUUUCUUCCGAUUUUGAAAUUGAUUUUGUAAUCAAUUAUAAAUAUUAUUUGAAACAAAU